AUGGCAGUUUUGUUUGUGGCCACCAAAAUGAUCCAACAAAGACCAAGAACCCUGUGCCUGUACGAAAAGGAGAAUAAGGAAGAAGAACUACUUCUUCCACCAGUGAUGAGCGUAGUUUCAGUACUGACUGCAUAUCUGCCUACACUUAUAGCCAAGGGUCUACCGGCUGUGAUCCAUGACCUACACUCGAGACUGGUGACCCUUCUGGUGACGGCUCAUUUCUUCCAAGCCUCAGAAUCGGAGAUCCGGCAGUCCAAUAUCUACAAAGUUACUGUUCCCGUUUUCGGCCGUGGGGUUCUGUACGACGUGGACUUGGCUACCAGGAGCAGGCAGAUAAGCUUCUGUACCGACUCGAUCAAGCCAAUCAACUUGAGAGGCCACGUUGAUUCUAUGGUUCAUGAGGUGGAGGGCUACUUUGCACAGUGGGGGGAAGAUGGCGUAGUGGACAUAAAGUAUGAGAUGGGGAACCUGAUCCUGCUGAUUGCAAACCGAUGCUUGCUUGGAAAACAGUUCGGGGAGAGUAAGUUGGAACAAGUAUCCACACUCCUCCAUGAGCUCUUCGACAACGGUUUCCACUUGAUCAGCCUCUUCUUCCCAUAUCUCCCUACCCCACAGCACCGUCGGCGCGACAAAGCCCGUGCUAUGCUCGGGGAGAUGAUCCACGAGGCAGUGAGAUCACGCAGGAAUUCAGGCGUAGCUGAGGAUGAUGUGCUACAGAAAUUCCUAGACUCCAAAUACAUCAACGGCCGCUGCAUGACCGAGAAUGAGAUCGCCGGGCUACUCAUUUGCAUGAUGUUUGCUGCGCAGCACACGAGCUCCAGCACCAGCACAUGGACAGGAGCUUGCCUGCUCAGCCAUGGCCACCGAAGCUACUUGGCAGCCGCCAUCCAAGAGCAGAAAAGAAUCAUCCAGCAACAUGGGGAUCGCAUAAACUGGGGCAUCUUGCUACAGAUGACCACACUGACUCACUGCAUCAAAGAGGCCCUACGGUUGCACCCUCCAGCAAACCUGCUGAUACGCCACGCAAGCAAGAGCUUCAGCGUACAAACAAGACAAGGCCACAGGUAUCAAAUCCCCAAGGGACAUACAUUGGCCACCUGUACGACUGUCGGCAACAGACUGCCCUACAUCUAUAAGGACCCUAAUGUAUAUGACCCAAGUAGAUUUGGUCCUGGUAGAGAGGAGGACAAAGUUGGUGGCAAGUUCUCCUACACACCGUUUAGUGCCGGGAGGCACGUUUGUUUGGGAGAGGAUUUCGCUUACAUGCAAAUUAAGGUGAUAUGGAGCCAUUUGCUCAGGAACUUUGACCUCGAAUUGAUCUCCCCUUUCCCAGAGGAAGAAUGGGAGAAAUUCAUUCCAGGUCCUAAAGGUAAAGUGAUGGUUACAUAUAAGAGACGACGAUUGCUCUGAUCGAUCAGAUGCCGUAUUCUUCUUGUUUGGGCCCGGGACUUACUUGACUCAUAAUUAAAUAUGUUAAGUGUGUAAUCUAUUAGAGAGAAUAAAGGGUAGAACUGUGUGUAUGUGUGGAGUCAGUGUGUGUAUAUAUAUAUAUAUAUGUAUGUAAAAGUUAUAUGCAAGUUAUAUGUGUGGA